GGUCCAUGGAUGAUCUGCUCCCCCCACAUGGUGUGCUUUGCUAGCUGGUUGAUGCUGUUUUAUCCACCCCAGAAUAACGCUCAAGCCCAUGAAAGCAAGACUCAAGACUUUUGGUCCCAGAGUGAAGAAGUGCACCAGAUGUCAAGUGCCCUCAGAUCUAAGAUGGAGCGGCAGUGGCUCUGCCUCUGCGUCUGGCUACAUACCACAGGUUACCUCACCGAUUCCAGUUUAUUUCAGACUCCACCACGUAUUAUAGCCCUGAACAGCAAUACCACAGAAAUUGCCUGUGUAAUAAAAAGUGAGGAGCUUUCUAAUCAGGGCAUUUACUGGUACCGCUGGAGCAAGGGGACCAAAACUUUCCAGUUUAUAGCAUUUGCGACGAUGAUGAACAGGUACACUUAUGGCAAUGGCUUUAAGGACGACAGAUUUUGUAUAAGCAAGGACAGCUUCCGAAAAUCCCUUUCCCUGAAGAUCCUCCGGCUUCAGCCAUCAGACAGUGGCACCUAUUACUGUGCUGUGUCCCAGUCUGCAAUGCUCAUCCUUGGCAAUGGGACAGAGCUGAGUGUGGUCGACUCUUUGCCUCCUGCCAAGAAACCUAAAGAGGAAGAGUUAUACCCAAAGAAGACUUCAAAUUGCAGAAACAUGCCUAGGUCGUCUAGAAACAAGAAAGGUGCUUCCUGCAGCAGCUUCAUCUGGGCCCCCCUGCUGACGUGUGCUGUUCUUCUACUGCUGGCCCUGGCUGUCGUCAUCCACCGCUUUCAGCGCCUGCGCCGGAGGCUGAGGCUUCACUUCAGGAAGCAGGUUCUUAAAUAAGACUAAUGCCUGGAGAACACUUCUGUGUUGCACGUCGGAUGGUGAGCACCGCUGGGAACACACCAACCAGAAGGCAUGUUGCCAUGAGAAUAAUCAUAGAUUUAAAAUGCACAACAGUCAGAUACCUGUUUGCUAGGGCUUUCCUGCCAUUUAUGCCAGCUCUAUUUAAUACCCACUUCUAUGCCCCAGCUUACAGAUCGGAGGGGCAGAUCCCACAAAGUGCAGAGAGUGUUGCCUGGGAAGGGCUGAGUGCCUUCACUUCCCUCUGAAGUCAAUGGGACUUGAGGCUGGCCUGCACUUUGCUGGAUUGGGCUCCUGGCUCAUGUUGCUGAUUGACGUGUAAAUAGUGUUUUGUUUACACUGCACUGAAAAAGCCUCUUCUCCAUUCAGUCUCACUUAAUAAAAUAGCAUUUAAAGGA